CUCAACCAGGAAGUGAAACAGAGGAAUCAACGUGAAUGUCAGUUUUCUGUCAGGGAUGGGUUCGCUCCGUCAGAUCGCAGAAGGCAAAUCUAUUCCUGGAUGUCAACGACGGCAGCUGUCUGCAGUCGCUGCAGAUCAUCGGCAGUCCUGAGCAGAACCAGCCGCUGCUCACAUUUGGGAGCGCCGUUGAAGUUCGAGGCAUCCUGAAGAAAAGUCUGCACCCCAAACAGCCCGUGGAGCUGCAAGCGGAGCACAUCGACCUGGUUGGACAAUGUAACCCUUUGGAUUUCCCGUUUAAAAUCAAAGAGCGCCACAAGCUUGAGUACAUCCGCCAGUUCCCUCACCUCCGCGCCAGAACAAACGCCUUCGGCUCCCUGCUGAGGAUACGCGGCGAGGCCACUUCGGCCGUUCACUCCUAUUUCAAGGAAAAUGGCUUUGUGCACAUUCACACGCCGAUCAUCACCUCCAACGACUGCGAGGGGGCCGGCGAGCUCUUUCAGAUCAAGCAUUCCUGGCCGCAGAACAGCAAGGAUGAGAAUUUCUUCUCGGUUCCGGCCUACUUGACCGUGUCUGGGCAGCUCCAUUUGGAGGUCAUGGCAGGGUCAUUUUCCAGAGUCUACACGUUCGGGCCGACAUUUCGCGCCGAGAACUCCCAGAGCCGACGCCAUCUGGCGGAGUUUUACAUGGUGGAGGCGGAGCUGGCCUUUACGCGCUCCCUCGAGGACCUCAUGGAGGUCAUAGAGGACAUGUUCAAAUGGACCACCGAGCACGUGUUGGAGCGCUGCGCUCAAGACGUGGAUUUGUUCCAUAAGCAUGUGACACCGGGACACAGGGAUGCCGUGGAGGCCAUGCUGAAGGAGAAAUUCCACGUGAUGACCUACAGUGAGGCAAUAGAAAUCCUUAAGCGAAGCUCGCAGACGUUCGCCUUCCCCACAAACGUGCGUAUGAUUCCUAAACAUCUCAGCCGCCCGAGCAGCACCUUGACCUGCGCUGGUUUCGCUUCUCAGUGGGGCUGCGACCUUCACACGGAGCACGAGAAGUAUCUGGUGAAACACUGUGGCACGCGUCCACUCUUUGUCACCGAUUAUCCGUACCAGCUCAAGCCGUUCUACACCAGAGACAAUCGGGACCAUCCCCAGCACACGGCGGCUGCUGUGGACCUUCUGGUGCCCGGCGUUGGGGAGCUGUGCGGGGGCUCGCUGAGAGAGGAGAGGCUGGACCUGCUGAGGGCUCGCCUGGAAGAGGUCGGAUUAGAGGACACCUAUGACUGGUAUUUGGAUUUGAGGCGUUUUGGCUCCGUCCCUCAUGGUGGCUUCGGAAUGGGGUUCGAGCGAUAUCUGCAAUGCAUUCUGGGAGUAGACAACAUCAAAGAUGUGAUUCCUUUCCCCAGAUUUUCACAUUCUUGUCUGCUGUAGUCUCAUUUGAGUCUCCUUUCGAAAUGAAUAUUAUUAAAUGAAUAAAUUUGUCAUAAAUUAUGAAAUCAA